GGCCCUUUGUCCAAAUGCUGGCGUACACCGACGCUCGGCCCGGGGAAGUACCAGCGGUGCUUGCUGCAGACGGAGGAGAGCGCCCAGGGCACGUAUCCUUUGCGCCAGUCGUCCAGGCCGUGGCGCACAGCAGCACCGGCUACAUACAGCCGCUGGAGCCGGAGCUGCCUGGAGACCAGCACGCGAACGGCCCUGCCGCCGUGGUGGGCAGAGGCGCCCCCGGAGAGGGAGCCAACGACGGCGGCAGCAACUCCAGCACUGAGGAGACCGACCACGAGGCCGAACCAGCGCAGGCCCCAGCCCCGAGCAACGGACCCACCGAAGAGUCCUGGGCAGCUCUCGGGGGCAUCGACCUCCAACAAGAGCUACGGAGAUUCGUGCCGACACUACAGAACGUGCCACGUUUCCUGCGCGCGGAGACCCGGAUGGCGUUCACCACGGCCCUGCAGAGGAUCAAGCGAGGACACGACCAGGGCAACCAAGCAACAACCCACCAAGGAUGGACACUGUUCCUCCUCGCCUCGAGGCUCCUGCUAAGCAAGCCCAAGGGUACCGACGCCGAGGGCCGACAAGAGCUCUUGGAACGCGCCCAACGGUUCCGCCAGGGCGACUGGCUGGCCCUGCUACACGAGGCCAACACCACGGCCGGCGCGCGCGCAGCGCCGAGGCCAGCCACAGAGGAGCAACAGCAGGAGAGACGCAGAGAACAGGCUUGCGCGCACGUCCGAAACGGCAACCCGUCACGGGGGAGACAGGUCUUGACCGCGGCGGCGAUUGCGCCCGGCAACGGGGAGACACUAAACAGGCUGCGGGACCCGGCCCGCCGACCGCCUACCCUGAGCCGCCGACUACCCGCCAACCUCGACCGCGCAACCGACAGAGCGAGACUCGACAAGACCAAAUUCCUCGCUUGCCUCCGGUCCGCCAAAAAGGGCACGGCAGCAGGACCGUCGGGGGUCCGCGUUGAGCACCUCAAGCCGCUGCUGGAACACGAAGAGUCCAUGGACCUGCUUGGAUUCGCCGCCGCUGCCCUCGCGGAGGCGCGGGUGCCCUCCCCGAUUGCCCGCGCUCUAGCCCUCUGCAAGAUGACGGCGCUCCAGAAACCAGACAACGACCUCCUCGACGGCACCAGGCCCGGCCGUAGGGGCAACCUUGCCGCAGCCGCCGCGGCCGCACAGCUGCUAGAAACCGAAGGCUUCCGGAGACCUUCCUGGACCGACCUGCUCCAGGGGCUGCGCCCAGAAGCGCCGCCGCGCUCGGAGGCCGCCGAACCGGGGGAAUGGCAGCACGGCUGGCAGUUCCACGCUUGUUCCGCACGCAACACACACUACAGGGACAACGUGUUCAUGCCCAGCCUCACCAGGGCCAACCAGGCCAUGCUAAGGUCAGGCUCAGGACCGAGGGCCGCCUACUGGCUUCACACCUUACCCACCACCGAGGGGCACGUGUUCAAGCCCGCGCGGUUCCUGGCAGCCCUGCGCCGGCGCCUCAGGCUCCCGCUGCCGCUCCUCCCGCACACCUGCGGGGCAGCCGGCCACCCAGGCUGCCGGGCCAGGCUGGACACGCUGGGAGACCACCUAGCCGCGUGCCCACGCACGGGGCUUCUCGCCAGACGCGCGAAACCGCUCGAACGAGCUUGGGCGAGGGUCGCCAGAGAAGCAGGAGGGAGAGUUGUCCCCCAACAGCUGCUGCGGGACACUAACGCCGUUGUUCACAACCCGCUGGACCGCAGACAAUUAGACCUCGUCGUCUACGGCAUCUCGCCGAACGGCGUCCCGCUGUGCUGCGACAGCACCAUGGUGUCCCCCCUCCGCAGGGACGGCUGGCACCGGCCGCGCACCUUCGACACCGACGGCGCCGCGCUACUUGGGGCCGAAGGCCGCCUCAUGGUCCUCUCCUGCGAGGUCGGAGGCAGGUGGGGCCGCGAUUCCCUCCAGCUGGUACGCCUGCUUGCCAAGCAGAAGGCGCGGGCCGCGCCGGCCCUCCUCCGCCGCUCCGCGGAGCUCGCGUACACCAACCGCUGGUGGGGGUUCCUGAGCGUCGCGGCCCAGGACUCGCUCAUGGCCACCCUGACGGGCGACGGCUACCUAGCCUUGGGGGGGGCCGCCGGGGAGGACGACCCAGACCUGGCCGAA